AGCCCAGCUCUAGUUGAUAGUAUGGACUUCUGCCCUCAGUGUGCAGAUGUUCCAGAUUCUGUGCAGACUCAGAGUGAAUUUGUUGUUUUCCUGACGCUAUAUUUAGCCUCCCUGCCGCAGCCUAUUGCACACAAGCAGGAAGUGAUGGAGCUUUUAAAGACACACCCUGUCCAUCCCUGUAGGUGUGUUAAAGUGGCUGAGGAGGGGCCAGUCAUGAAUACUGACUGAUGAGGGUCAGAGCCUUGUUUGUGAGCUGCUGAUUACUGUUCUGCUCAGGGUGAAGUCAGUGUCAGGACAGGGAAAUAGAUCACUAAAAAAAGAGCUGGCACAGGGGGGUAUUACUAAAUUGUAAGCUGACCUCUUUAGAGCAGUUUUCAGUGUCUUUCUGUCGUUCUCGUUUCGUUCUGCUCCUCACAGUCUCACCUAACCUUCAGAGACACAGACGGUGGGACAGUAAAUUUUGCACAGCCGUUAAUAGGACGGUUUCUUUUUAGCAUCAGCCGAGGGAUACGCUGCGUUCCAGGAGGACAGUUCUGCCGAUGAGGCCGAGAGCCCGUCUAAGAUGAAGCGCUCCAAGGGCAUCCACGUCUUCAAGAAGCCCAGUUUCUCCAAGAAGAAAGAAAAGGACUUCAAAGUGAAGGAAAAGGGGCCUAAAGAGGAGAAGGCCAAGGACAAGAAGUCCAAAGACCUGACGGCAGCGGACGUCGUGAAACAGUGGAAAGAGAAGAAAAAGAAGAAAAAGCCCAGCGCCGAGCCCGAACCGGUCAUCACAGAGGCGGCGACGACGUUCCGGCCGAUCUUCGGAGUGUCUUUAGCGGAAGCGGUGAGGAGAACGGCGCUGUAUGAUGGGAUACAGCUCCCAGCCAUCUUCAGAGAGUGUGUGGACUACAUCGAGAGCUACGGCAUGAAAUGUGAAGGCAUCUAUCGUGUCUCUGGUAUGAAGUCAAAGGUUGACGAGCUGAAAGCAGCGUACGACCGUGAGGAGUGUCCGUGUCUGGAGGAGUAUGAUCCUCACACGGUGGCCAGCCUGUUGAAGCAGUACCUGCGAGAGCUGCCCGAUAACCUGCUGUGUAAAGAGCUGGCCCAGCGUUUCGAUGAGGCCUGCGGGCGGCCCAGCGAGGCAGAGAAGCUGCAGGAGUUUCAGAGGCUCCUGGGGGAGGUUCCCGCGGGGAGCAGACUCCUCCUGGCCUGGCUCUUCACUCACAUGGACCACGUCAUCGCCCGCGAGACUGACACCAAGAUGAACAUCCAGAACAUCUCGAUUGUGCUCAAUCCAACCGUACAGAUUGGGAAUCGUGUGCUGUACGUGUUUUUCACUCACGUCCGCGAGCUGUUCGGUGAUGUGGUUCUGAAGCCGGUAGUCCAUCCUCUGCGUUGGUCCAAUAUGGCCACCAUGCCGACCCUACCUGAGACCCAGGAGAGCAUUAAAGAGGAGAUCCGCAGACAGGAGUUCCUGUUGAACCGUCUGCACAGAGAUCUGCAGGCCGGUGUGAAGGAUCUGUCCAAGGAGGAGAGACUCUGGGAGGUGCAGCGGAUCGUCACUGCACUGAAACGCAAGCUCCGCGAGGCCAAGAGACAGGAGUGUGAGACUAAAAUCGCACAGGAAAUCGCCAGCCUGUCUAAAGAGGACGUAUCAAAGGAGGAGAUGUCUGAGAACGAGGAGGAAGUCAUUAAUCUUCUCCUGGCACAGGAGAAUGAGAUCCUAACAGAGCAGGAGGAGCUGAUAUCACUGGAGCAGGUGCUGCGCCGGCAAAUCGCCACAGAGAAAGAAGAAAUUGAGCGACUACGUGCAGAGAUCGCAGAUAUACAGAGCCGUCAGCAGGGCCGCAGUGAAACAGAGGAGUAUUCAUCAGACAGUGAGAGCGAGAGUGAAGAUGAAGAGGAACUGCAGAUGAUUCUAGAAGACCUGCAGAAACAGAACGAAGAGCUAGAGAAUAAAAACACUCAUCUGAAUCAGGCCAUCCAUGAAGAACAGGAGGCUAUAUUGGAACUGCGUGUUCAGCUCCGCCUCCUUCAGAGCCACAAGUUACAACAGGAGCUCACAGCCCCGCCCACUUCUGAACAGGCCCCACCCUCCCAGCCCAGCCCAGAGGAACGAUCUAGAGUGGAUGAGCCAAUCAAACGUGCUGCAGCGGUCGCUUUGGAAUCCACUGCCGCAACCGGUGCCGCCCCAGCCAAUGGGAAGCCUGGAAAAGAUGCCAUGAAGCCAUCGCCCAGCAAAGACAAGAGGGAGGCCAACCUGUGACCCAUCUGACCAUCACUACACCUGCGCUUGUGUUUGCUCAUCACAUAAUUGUGACAUCUUGGUCAAGGAUCAGCAAGGUGAAGUGAGAUGUUCAUUACACUGGGAGAAAACUGGACAGCAGAGGACAGAGGCGAGAUGAGAUCAGACGCGAUCUGUGAUUUAUAGGUCAAGUGGUCUAAAGAGAGGGGAGUAUGGAAAACAUUUCUCAUUAGAUUAACAAUAGAGUGAAAUUGGAUUCUUUUGAUCAGUUUAAGUUUGUAUGUGAAAUUGCAGCAGUAUAAAACAGAUCUUUGUGAGUGCUCAGAUUCGAUCUGUCCUUUGACCCCUGUCUAAAGAGAGGGGCUAAUUAUCUUUUUUUUUUUUUUUUUAAAUAGUUAGGAGUGUUAGGGGUUUGUGUUUAAAAAUCCCAAGUUUGUUUAAAAAAAAUAAUAAUAUAUGUGAAUCUCAUCUGUUCAGGUCAAUUUUAACUCCAAAAUCAAAAGAAAAAAAUUAUAUUAAAUUAUAUUAUAUUAUUAUGCAUUAAGAAAAUUAAGCCUGUUUUUAAGGCUUUUAUUUUAUUUUUUAUUUUUUGCAUUCUAACAUUAUUUACAUUACUAUUAAGCACUUUCCACAUAAUAACUUUCCACAUUCUCAAUACCUUAAUUCAAAUAAAAUGUAAUUUUCAUGAUAGAAAUGUGGAAAUAUAGAAAAAUAUUGGUAUUAUUUACAUGAUAAAGUAUAUAUCAUGAUAUUAUUUGUUGUACUGAAUUUACGCCGAUUUAAAUGUAAAAAUAUUUAAUUAUAGAAUUUUAAGUGCAAAUUGUCCUUAAUAGCCAUUAAAUUAAUGUCACAAUGCAAAAAAAAAAAAAAAAAAAAGUUCUUUACACAUUUUUCCUUUCGAUUUUGGGUUAAAAUCUACAAAAGCCCAUUUCCACGAAAAAAAAAAAUAGUAAUUGAAACUUAUUUUCACAUUUUGCAGUUUAGAAAAAAAAAAAAAAAAAAGUCAGAAUUGUGAGCUAAAAAUUAAGAAUUCUGUCUUUUCUGAGUUUACCUCGGACAAAAUUGACUUUUUUCUCAGAAUUAUGAGUUUACAUUUUGCAAUUGUUUUUUUUUUUCUACCACACAAUAAAAUUAAAAAAGGUAAUUUUGACUUUUUAUCUCACAAUUCAGACUUUGUUUCUUGCAGUUGCUAGUUUAUCUCGUAAUUCUGAAGGGGAAAAAAGUCUGAUUUAUGAGAAAUAAAAUCAUAAAAGUUUCAAGAUAAAAAGUUGCAGUUACCUUUAUUUAUUCCAUGACGUAAACAGGCUUUCAUAGAAAUGUGACAUGUCUUAAGAUUCACUUAAAUACUUAAAGCAUUUCAAGAAACUAAGCCAUUAAAUACUGAUUGCUAAUAGGAUGUUAUGACACAACCCUUAAUUGCAACCUGUGUAAAAACUCCAAACCACAUGUGACGAACAUCCGUAUCUUCUGUAUUCACGUUACAAUCAUUUCAGACAAGCAGAUUCACUUUAGUGGUUAUUAUUAACAAAUCCAUUUUAUUUAUGCAGUUUAGCUUAUAAUUAAAUCCCCAAAAAAGAAAAAAAAAACAUUGCCGAUGUCUAUUGCCAAUGCAAAAAAUAAGGUGAUAAGAAAUCAUAAUCGGCUGCCAGCUCUCCUGUUGUGGGUCCAGGUCUAGAACCGAGAUCAAACUGAGUCAAAAUCAGUGAAAAUGAAGUUGUGUGUUUGUGAAUCCACUGUGCCAUAGGUGACUGUGUGUAGGUGCACAGAAGAGUUACUUUGAAGAUGCUCUGGGACAUUGUAAUACAGCUAGAUUGUAUUUUUGCCUAUUAAGAUAUUCAAAGGAGACCGUUUUGAACGUUUAUUAUGAAUUACAAUAUUUAAUAAUCAUUAUAUAUAAACAUCUAAGCUGUAACUGCACUAAAACAUGCAGAUCUGCGCUUAUAGAAUGAGAAUGAGCCGUUUAUUGUGGACUUGGUAACAUUUGUAUUAGUUUCCGUACGUUCACGUAAUGUCACGUUAUGUUUUUUAAAACAUGUUUCAUGAAGCACAAGAAUACUUUUGAUCACUGAUGAAGUUUGAGGGGUUAUUAUGGAUGGUUUUAAUAAGUGUAGGUGAUCAGGAUCAAAGAAAAAAUGUUUUGCAUAAAUAAAAUGAUGCUUAUAAUUGAAAGAAAACCUCAUUUUCUUUCUGCAAAAUGUCUUAUUUUUCUGUUGAUUUGGGGUAAAAUAUGAGCAUUGGUUUUUGAGAGAUCCACCUGACUAGUCCUGAAGUUUUGACACUGUUGUUACAGAUGUUCUGAAACACUGAUCCAUAGUCAUUUUGGAAACUUGCACUAGAUUGUCACCAAUUUUUCCUUUUUCACUUCCAAUAUUCUGUCAGUUUCACUUUAUUUUGUGAUUAUUAUUUUUGUCUUAAGUGCUUGUUGAAUGCUAGUUUACUACUGGAUUAUUGUAUAUUAUUAAUCUCUUUCUGAUGUAACACAUUUCCACCCUAAUUUGCUUUGGGUUUGUUUUCUCAUGCUGUCAAGGAAGUUGUAUUUCAGAAAUACUGUAUAAUUCUAAUCAAAGCUAUUGACAGACUUUUUGUCAGCUAUAUCCUAUGUAAAAAAAAAAAAAAAAAAAAGAUCUUUUUUUUUUUUCAUUAAUGUCUGUUUGUUAGAACUUAUCUCAUGCCAGCUCAUCUACUUUUGUAAAUUAUAGUUUUUCAUAUUAUAAACAAAGCUUCUGUAGCUCAUGAUCAUUGCGAACAGAAUGCUGCCAUCUAAAAUAAAAUGAUAGGUUGGAUUUAA